UCGAUCGAUUCUUGUUACAAGUGCUACUUUUUAGAACUCCAUCUCAGCCCACAGUCUGAAAAAACUGCUUGGCGGCUUGCGGAGGAGGAAAAUGGCCGACCUUGGGAGCUGUGAGAACGUUACAAGGAAGGGACCAACGGAACCUUUAAGGCCUCGUAUAGGAGCAUCACCAGAACUAGAGGCCGAGUCUGAAUUUGAGGACGAUGAAUCUUCCUAUAGCGAUACCUUAAGUGAACAAGAUCAAGAACCUGAGGACGCAUUUGUGGAUCGUGAUGCCCUUGUUGAGCGCGUGAAGCACAUAGCAAAUCCACAAAAAAUACCAUCGCUGCCCAAAGAGCUUAUUAGGCAAAGAGGAUCUAGAACACAUAAGGUCCAAAUGAGUCCAACACGGAAAAGCUCUCGAAGGAAGGGGUCAAAGGAGCCUGUAACGCCUGGGAGAAAAGCAUCACUCGAACUAUAUGCCGAGUCUGGAGCUGAGGACGAACAUGCGCCUUCGGAUAGUGAUAGCUCAAUUGAGCAAGAUCAAGCUGAAGAAAUCGAAAACGAACUUGAUCAUGUACUGCGUAAGGGAGAUUUCGAUGCUAUUAAAGAAAAAGUCACUCCAAAAACCCUAUCAAGGUGUAAAACUAAUACCUUGCUCAAAGCUUUCCAGGUAAACAAAGCACUCCGAGAUUUAUCAGGUCGUGGAAUCCCUGAAAAAGACGAUAUAGAAAAGCUGGAAAAAUAUGUGAAUGAGUUCACAUCAGCCCUAGUUGACCCUCUAAAAACCAACGCCGAUAACAGAAGAACAUUUCAAAGUUGUUUUGACUGUGUGGUAGACGAGGCAAUCGACACGAAGCAGAAAAAGGUAUCAAAGGAAAGAAUAUAUAUGAAAAUUACAAGGAUUACUUUACGACUCCUUAUUUCGUCUUUCUUCGCGACACACUAAGCUAUCUUACGCUCCUUGGUCUUCCCUUUGCCAUUUGCCUGUCCCCUUCAACUGUGUCUUUCAGUCAACCAGAACGGGUCAUUUUGUUUUUUUUUCUGGGA